AUGGUUGAAUGUCCGAUAUGCCAAAAGCCCGUCCUUUUGUCAAAAAUCAAUCCCCACCUCGAUGCUGGAUGCAAAGCAUUCUAUGCACCUGUGCACUCUUCGGGCAAAAUAUCUCUCGAGCUUAAUCCGGGACGCGGUCAUCCCCACGAAGCUACGUUCAUCGAUUCUGUUAAUCAUAAGGAACGACCCGACAGCGAUCAACCUACUUUACCAGCUGUUAGACAACCAGUCAAAAAAAGCACGAAGAGAGCAUCCGACCAGCAUCAGAGCUGCGAAAGUGAGAACCGGGAUUCCAAGACGGAACAUCCAACGAAGCGACUUAAGCCAGACAAUGCACCAUUGGCGGAGCGUGUUCGCCCUAGAUGCUUUGACGAUAUUGUCGGCCAGAGUCACCUCAUAGGGCCUAAUGGAACUAUCCGCCAGUGUGUUUACGAGGAUAAAAUUCCCAACAUGAUACUCUGGGGGAGCUCGGGAACUGGCAAAACCACAAUCGCCCGCAUUAUUGGAUCUGUCUCGAGAAGAAGAUUCUAUGAAAUCGGUAGCACGACCACGACAGUCACAGAGUACAAAGGUAUCAUUGAAAAGGCCUCGAAGAAUCUGGAAACAGAGCGAAAGCCGUCUAUUGUGUUUUGCGACGAGAUACACCGUAUUACCAAGCCACAGCAAGACAUACUCCUCGAUGCCAUCCGAAACGGUAGCAUUAUUCUGAUUGGAGCUACAACGGAAAAUCCAUCCUUGACAAUCCGCCAUGGACUCGUUUACAAAUGUACGGUUUACACUCUCACCAAGCCAAGAGAGGCGGACGUACGGAAUAUGCUUCACGGAGUGGUUGAAGAACGGGGCUUACACUCCCGUCUCCUCGACGAUGGAUUCCUCGUAUAUCUCUCAAGCUUCGCCGAUGGCGAUUGCAGGUUGUCGCUAAACCUUCUAGAGAUAGCACACGACCUAUCUAAACGAGACGGGAUGACCGGAGAAAGAUUGAGAAAUUCAUUAACAAUGCAUCUAAACUACGACCGCUCCGGUGACCAGCAUUACGAUACUAUCUCGGCCUUCCACAAGUCAAUCCGAGGUAGUGACGCCGAUGCUGCACUGUACUAUCUCGCGAGAAUGCUCAAGUCUGGUGAAAACCCAUUAUUCAUCGCGCGUCGUCUUAUUGUAGCAACGUCGGAGGACAUCGGACUUGCUAAGAAUGUCUUGCAAACAUAUGCAACUUCGGUAUACUCCAUGCUUGAGAAGUUGGAUUUACAAGAUGCACAGGCCUCGCUGGCUCAGUUGGUUAUUAUGAUGUGCUUAUCGAAGAAGAGUACUCGCUCAUACAGAGGGUUGAAUAAUGCUUUUGCUUGUCUGAAAGAAUCUGGGGCUGCUGAUGCGCCUAUUCCAUAUCACCUUCUUCCUAUUAGUUCCGAAGCUAGAACGAUUCUUGAAGAAGGUUCUAAGCAUCAUGUAAUGUACACCGGCAAGAAAACGAAUCAUUUACCUGAAUGUCUGGAGGGGCGGAAGUUCCUGGAAGAUACUGAUUUCUUGUUCAAGAGAGAUCCUGAUCUUACGUAUUGA